AUGGUAUACUCGGAUGCCUCGAAUGGUAGCGGUGGCGGUGCCAUUUUCGUCUCCGUCGGCGAGAACGUCUUCGGCCAGAAGCUCCUCGCCGGCCUGAACCGCGUCAUCGACGACUUCGACCCCAAAACCAUCGUCAACAUCGGUGCCACCGACCUGCGCAGCGACGUCCCCGUCAAGGACCUUCAUGCCAUUCUGGUCGAGUAUAAAGCCGCGCUGCACUGGGUACUCAUCGUCGGUACCAUCAUGGCUGCGCUCUCCGCUUUGGGUGCGUUUGACCUCGAUUGGAAGAGCGCUAGGGGAAUGUAG